AUGCGGACCGGAGGCUUCCGUCGAGCCACGCCCAAAUGCAUCCGUAACUCCAAAGCCGACUACCUGGUAGGACGUAUCUGGGGCUAUACCGGUACUUCAAGCCAAGCCAUGUGGCAGAUAAUUACCUGUAAAGACGGCUUUCUCCUUGCCGUCCUGUUUGCUCUUUGCUCUUCGUUGUUCAUUCAUCCUUCGGCGAUAAUGCGGGUCGGCGUGCCGUCAGUAUGGGCACUGGGAACUGAAGAGCGCAGAUCACAUGAGCAAUCAGACAUGCGGGCGUUGCAGCUAUGUCCUUGUAUUAACGGAUUUUUGGGUUUACCACUCCAGAUGGAUAGGGAAUGGGAGCUUAAGGUUGUCUUGUAUUCGGGCAUUGAGUCCACCUCGCCCAUUGUCAUCCCCGAGCCACCUUGGAGUCUUCGGGACCUAGAAGUAACUCCCGACGUGGUCCCCUUGGAGAUGUGCCCGUGUGUGAUCGGCAUGGGGCGGGAUUCACUGACCAGCCGCUGGAGGCCGGUCUGUGGCGUCGUGUGCUUUCUCUCCAGAGCGACACCGAGAACGAGAACCGCGGCGCAGCGGGCGUCAAUUAGGGCCAAUUUGGCCAUGAACGGGCGAAGCGCGGCAUCCUCCGACCUGGCUUUUAUUCUGAAUUUUGGCAACUUUCCCAUCGACGAACAAAUUCCGGAAUCCCAUUUCCAAUAUCCAAUAUGCGACGUCCAAGACCAACACAAUGUCAGGUGCGGCGGGCGCCGUGAAGGCAACCUCCUGCCGUCACACGGUCAAUCCGUCCUGGGCGAACUUCUAGACGUCUUCUCGAAAUGGGAACCAAGGGGAGGACCCAACAGCGAGAAUCCUGCCUCGGUCACCGGUGUAGGCAUCUUCACCAGUACGGCUAAACGGGGGAACGGGGGAACGGCUGAAUGA